AUGCCUGGCACUCCUGCUCAGCAGGAGCAUAUUCUAACUCCAGAGUGUGCUAUGUACCAGGCUUGGUACAAUGCUCUCUCUCUGAAACGAGCGAAGGAGAAGAAGGAGAAUGGUGAAGAUAAGAAAAUGGGGAUGGAGGAGAGAAUGGCAGAGGGAAAAGGAAAGGGAAAGGAGGAGGAGGAGGAGGAGAAGAAGGGGGAGGAGGAGGAGAAGGAGAGAAGGAUGGCGACAGAUGUCAAAGUGCUGAAAUACUGGCCUUUGCAGGUUUCGGCUGCUCUGAGAAUAGAGCGACAGGGGAAGGCCAGGCCAACGAAGCUACGCAGUGCAGAUCACAAGUUACUCAUAACAGAAAUCUCUAAGGAACUUGCCAACAAGAUAUUGGCUCCCUACAGAAUCACGAUACACAGCCAGGACGCUGGACAGCCCACACAGUCUGAACAUCACUUGACCAAGGCCGCUGAAGGAGAGCUUUGCUCUCAAAAUUCAAGGCCGUUUCCACCUUUGGAAUAUCAGGCUGUCACAAAGGCUGCAGAAGACCAGCAUCCCACGUCGGUUUUGUCUGAGCCUGUCGAUAACAGAACUACCUCGCACAUCCCAUACUGGUAUGCUAGGCACGAGUCUGUUGAGCAUGCGCCAUCUCCAUCUAGCAAAAGCAAGCCUCUCGAUAGGCACAACGGGCAGGUGGCGGAGAGACAGGUCUCUGCAUUGGCCUUGUCAGAGCUCGCCAUACAAAACCUGCUGCAGCCUGCCAACAAUGAGCUCGCUGGACAUGCCUCGUCUCUGCUUCCCCAAGGCGGGACUCUCAACGAGCACCGCAAACAGGCCGACAGAGGUCAGGUCACUGCGUCGGCCCCAUCAAAGCCCAUCGAGAGCAAGUUUGCCAUGCAAAAUCCGUUCCAGCCUGCCGACGACGAGCCCACUGGAUAUGCCCCAUCUCCACCUUCGACAAGCGACUUGAUAUGCACGCUGCAGAAAAUUAACAUCUUAAAUUAA